AUGGAUUAUUCUGCUAAUGUUACUUACUUAUUUCUGGAAGGGCAUGUGGAGCUGGAGAAAUUUAGAGUUGCUUACUUUCUAAUUGUGCUUAUGGUUUAUAUUCUGAUCAUUUGCUGUAAUUCUAUUGUAAUUUCUGUCAUUUACCUAGACAAACAUCUCCAUGAGCCAAUGUACAUUUUUAUUGCUGCUUUACUUUGCAAUUCUCUCUUUGGAACAACUGCCCUUUAUCCAAAACUGCUGAGUGAUUUACUGUGUGAAAGACCAUACAUUUCCUUUGGAGCUUGUACAUUCCAGGCCUUUUUUAUUUACACAUAUGGGAUGGCAGAGUUCACGCUGUUAUCAGCUAUGGCCUAUGAUAGAUAUGUGUCCAUAUGUAAACCAUUACAGUACCCAACUCUUAUAAAAAUGUCCACCGUUAAAAAGCUCUUAUUUUUCUCUUGGUUUUUGCCUUCCUGUGAAAAUGGGACAUUGGUGAUAUUGACAUACCGACUUCAGCUGUGUAAAUUUAAAUUAAAUAGAAUUUACUGUAAUAAUUACUCAAUUGUUAAAUUAGGUUGUGGGGACAUAUUUGUAAAUAAUAUAUAUGGAUUGUUUGUUUUAACUGUUGCUGUAUUUCCACCACUGAUCUUCAUAAUCUACUCAUAUGUUAGAAUACUUGACGUCUGUUUAAAGAAUUCAAAAGAUUUCAGAAGAAAAGCUCUGCAGACCUGCUUCCCACACCUCAUCAUUUUCAUCAGUUUCACUGUUACCUCCUGUUUUGAGGUGAUUAACAGCAGAUUAGAAGGUGGUGUAUCUCACAUUUUUUCCAUGAUAAUGUCAGUAGAAAAUCUGGUUAUUCCUCCUCUGAUCAAUCCAGUUAUCUAUGGACUGAAACUGCAGGAGAUUUUGAACAGAAUUAAGAGAAUUUGGACAACGAAGACACACAUUUUUUCAAAAUGA